UCCUUCUUCCUGCUGCUAGUUACAAACUAAAAACUAAUUCCUUCUUGUUAUACCGCCAAAAUUUGACAUCUAGAUUUAGUGGAAUUGGUUUGAACUUAAUUCACAUUAUAAGUGCAUUUAUGUGAUCCUUAAAGUUGAUAACAGGACGUAUAUUUCAUGGAAGGAGACCUAGAAGUUUUUUCGCCUCGUAGAGGCACCAGACAACGUAAAUUAAGUCAAAAGGCUUCAGAAUUCCUUUCUACUCACACUAGAAGAAGUACUAUAAACGAAGAUAAACGACCAAUUAUUGUGACAAGUGCCUCAGAAUCUGAAUCAGAUGAGAGUGAUAGUAAUGACAAACCAUUAAUCUUACAUGAAAAUGAACACGUUACUGGUGAUAAAAUUUUUACAUUCCAAGUCCGCAAGAAAUGUGAAACCAUGAUUCAGUUAAUGGUUCCUAAAACCCCCCAGACAUUUAGAACCAAGUUCAAAAAAGACAUUGCUAUGAGAGUCCUAGAUGAUUCGAGUGAGGCAGAUUUUUCAGGUAGUGAUAGUGAAUAUGUUGUUUCUGAUAAUGAAACAGAGAGUGAGGCCACAUCAGGCACCAACAGUGAUGGUGCUAAUGAACCAACACCAAUUAAAAGUAAGACAAACGCCCCAAAGGUUAUUUUCAAGCAACAACAAACAUCUAAAAGAAUAACAAAGAGCUACCGAAUAAAAACUGAGGAUUAUUUUUCAAAUCAUGCUUCAAAGAAGAUCUUGACGUCCAACCAUACAUUGGAUAAAUUGGAAACUCCAAGAUUAUCUCAAGAUGAACUACAAAAGUUGUUGGCAAGGAUAAAAUUGAGUACCCAGCAUUCAGCAGCUUCUCAGAGAUUAAAAGAACGGAAUAGGAUUUAUUUUGAAAAAUGGAUGUAUUUAAUGCAUGAAAACAUCAACAUUUUGUUGUAUGGGUUAGGUUCUAAAAAGGACAUACUAAAUAUUUUUCAUGAAAAAUAUUUAAAAAAAUUACCAACAAUUGUGGUGAAUGGUUUUUUUCCUUCUCUGUCAAUUAAGGAUGUUUUGGAUGGCAUAAUUUUAAAUUUGUUAGAAUUGAAAGAAACUCCAGCCAAUGUUUUUGAAGCAUGUGAGCUUGUUGAACGAGAAUUUAGCUAUAUCUCUGACACUCAUUUGUAUUUGCUUGUUCACAAUAUAGAUCUGAUAAGGAAUGGUAAAGCCCAGACUGUAUUUGCUAGACUUUCUACACUUAGUAAUAUUCAUCUUAUUGCAACAAUUGAACAUAUAAAUGCCCCAUUAAUUUGGGAUCAUUCAAAACUGAGUAAAUUUAAAUUCACGUGGUGGGAUGUUACCACUUUUCAAUCAUACACCGAUGAAACUUUGUUUGAAGGUUCAAUGAUGGUGCAAAGGACAGGCACUUUAGCAUUGUCAUCAUUAAGGAACGUUUUCUUGUCUUUAACUAGUAAUUCCAAAGGUAUAUAUCUUAUUCUUGUUAAAUAUCAAAUGGAAAAUAUCAAAAAACAGUAUUAUCAAGGGUUAGCGUUCAAGGAUCUGUAUUCAUUAUGUAGGGAGGCAUUUCUGGUAAGUUCAGAUCUUGCCCUGAGGGCGCAAUUGACUGAAUUCGUGGAUCAUAAAAUGGUAAAAUAUAAACGAUCUCCAGAUGGUACGGAGUAUGUAAUAAUUCCAAUUGCUAAUACUGUUCUGCAGCAAUUUUUGACGGAACAGACAAUUUAACAAAAACGACUAUUUUUAUAAAAAAAAUUGUGCUAUACAAAUACAAGUUACUUGAGUA